AUGUACCCGUUGUUCAGUUGUUACCGGCAUUUCCCAAGGAAACGUUCAGCUUAUGAUACAAAAACAAGACAGAAGGUGGCAGUAAAAAAGCUCUCAAGACCUUUUCAAUCGCUUAUUCAUGCGAGGAGGACCUACCGAGAGCUUAGGUUGCUUAAGCACAUGAAGCAUGAGAACGUUAUAGGAUUGCUAGAUGUUUUUACACCUGCAACAUCAAUAGAAAAUUUUAAUGAAGUGUAUCUUGUGACAAAUUUAAUGGGUGCUGACCUGAAUAACAUCGUGAAGUGCCAGAAGUUAACAGAUGACCAUAUACAGUUUCUUAUCUAUCAGUUACUUCGAGGUCUUAAGUAUAUUCACUCAGCUGGAAUCAUCCACCGGGACCUGAAGCCCAGUAACCUAGCUGUAAAUGAAGACUGUGAAUUAAGGAUUUUAGACUUUGGUUUAGCUCGACAAACUGAUGAUGAAAUGACCGGAUAUGUUGCAACAAGAUGGUACAGAGCUCCAGAAAUUAUGUUAAACUGGAUGCACUACAACCAAACAGUUGACAUCUGGUCGGUUGGAUGCAUCAUGGCAGAGCUAUUGAAAGGGAAGGCCCUAUUUCCAGGAAAUGAUUAUAUUGAUCAACUAAAGAGAAUAAUGGAAAUUGUGGGCACUCCCAGUUCUGAACUUCUGAAGAAGAUAUCAUCAGAACAUGCAAGAAAAUACAUUGAAUCUCUUCCACAUAUGCCACAACAAGAUUUGAAAGCAGUAUUUCGUGGUGCCAAUCCAUUAGCUGUAGAUCUUCUUGAGAAGAUGCUUAUACUAGACAGCGAUAAAAGAAUUACUGCCUCAGAAGCACUUGCACAUCCAUACUUUGUACAGUAUCACGAUCCGGAUGAUGAACCUGAGGCUGAGCUGUAUGACGAGUCAAUAGAGAACAAGGAGCGAACCAUAGACGAAUGGAAAGAACUUACCUACGAAGAAGUGAUUAGCUUUAAACCCCCCGACUUAAAAAUGGACAGCCUGGAGAUAGAACAGUGAAUACAGUCAGCUCCGUCUUGCCUUGCUGCACUAUGAAGACUGUUAAAAUAUAACCAUACAAUUUAACCUGUGGUCAGACGUAGAUUUUACUAUCCAAAGAUGUUGGAGAAGAUGUGGAAAAGCAGAUGCAUUAUACAGAAGCCAGAUGUUGUCUGUUUUGGAUGGGGUUGGUUUUGUUGGGGGUUUUUUUUUGCCUUGUAAUAUGAAUGUAUUCCCAACUCACAGAAGGGUGAUGGAGAACUGCUUCAUUCUGACAAAAUUAUGCACUGAGUUCUGUCAAGCUGUGUGUUCUGCAUGUUUCAUUUUAUCAGUUGUAUUGCCAAAAUAAAAGGUGACGUUUUAAAUUAAUUUUAAAAUUGUACAUUUAAAGCAUGAAUGUAUACGAACAUAAACAUAGAAGUCCAUACAAGCAAUCCAUUUUUUUUCUGGCAUUUUAUCUGUCCGUUU